AAGGAAAAUUUUUUGGCAAUGGAGCGUCAAAUUGAUCAAGAUGGCUCAAGCUUCAUUAAUUGCAUUCUUCGGAUUGAAGAAUGCUUCAUUUUGGAUGGACAAGAUGAAACAUUUAACAAUGCGAGUUAUUUUGGGAGUUUGCGGUCCUUCCUUACUUACGGAAUAGGUGAUCAUUACAAUGUUGUGAAAGUUAUCUCAAGAGUUCACUUUCAGGAUGAUGAAAAUGGAAGGACGCGGAAGUGUGUAACAGUGAAUCGUGAUCGACAACGUUCUUCAGCCCUUCGUAAAAGGCAGAAUUUGCAUGGGCGGAAGAACAUUUAA